AUAACAACUCUGAACUCUAACAAUUUCUCGCCGUUAAUAUUCAGUGACAAUAAUUGUUCUUAAAAAUUCUUGAACAUCAUAAUCAUUACAGUGAUGAGUGAAUUAUCGGAGUGGAAAUGCGAGCCUUCGAACUACAUAACAGAAAUCAGGAGGAUGAUGUAUGGAUUUGGCGACUCCUCGGAGCCCUUGAUAGAAUCAGCAAAGUUAAUAAAUGAUGUUGUACAGAAGCAGCUGAAGGGGAUUGUUUAUGAGGCGUGCAAAGUGGCUGACAGAAGACACUCCGAUGUGGUUGAGGAGCAGGAUUUUCUGUUUCUUCUGCGUCGAGAUAAAGUUAAAUUGCACCGGGUGCUGAAAUAUCUUCAAUUCAAGACAACCAUCAAGAAAGUACUGGACACAAAUCUCUAUUCAUCCAAUGACGAGUCAUCAAAUGAAAUGAAAUACGAUAAACGUUUUCAUCAAUUUCUGAGCAACAUUGGAAGCCUCAAUGACAAUACAACCGUUGACCACGUGAAGAAAGCUCGCCACUUGCGCGCUGAAAUGCUCUCUCGAAGGCUCGAUGCCGUUCGGUACAUGGAGUACAGCACGGCGAGAUCGGCCUCAUUCGCGAACAAAUAUAAUCACAAAUUUGGGAAUUGGAUAGGGAUCGAAGGUGAUUUGAAGAUAUCUAAACAGGCAUAUACGGUGCUAGGAUAUUUUGCGUAUGAAACCGUUGCUCAGAUAAUGGAUUUUGCGUUUCUGGUGAGGCACGACCAGACAAAAAUACAUGGAGAUGCGUUGGAUAGACUCAGACUGGGGUACUGUAAUCCCGCCACGUAUAAGCCUUAUCAACAUGGCAAGGGAGCCUCGACGAAGCCAGUAACCCCAUCGGAAAUAAACGAGGCCCUGAGGCGGUACUGGUCUCCCCAGCUAGAUAAAAUGGGCCCCUUUAACCGUUGCUCAACGCCCAAACAACACCCCAAGUUCCUCGCCAUCUAGAUUAGACACAGACCAUUUCCAAGUACACAUUUUAAUACAAAUUUUUAUUACAUUAUGUGACAAUAUCUACAAUUUAAUAUCCCUAAAUGACUCAUCAUGAUCUCAUUAUAAAAUCAGAACCAAUGACAGCUCUCCUGGAAUAUUCAUGAAUUUAUACACAUGCUAAUUUUAUUCCUGUAUCAUGGAGAGAGUAACGUUGAUACUCUGGCUUUUCCUUCGGCUCCACCUGUGAUGCAUGUACCAGAUUGAUUGGCAGUGGACCAGUCGCAGCAAAGGGUUCCCUUGUGACCACCAAGUUCAAGGACCUUCGCCUGAGUUCCGGGUGGCAUCUAAAUCAAAUAUUCAAUUGGCUCAGUAAUUUUUAAGAAUGUCACGUGGAGUUUAUGAGUGAGUGAUAAUUUUAAUAGUACGGGUACUUGAAUGAUAAUUUUAGGAGAGUAAAAUUGCAUCCAACCUACGAAAAAUGUUGAAAUUCAAAAUUCUACUGAAAGAAUGGAAUUCCUAAUUUUUGAGCGUUGAAUAUAUGGGAUCUCCAGUUUGCUGGAACUUUUUAUUGAAAAGUUUCAGUAAAGCAGUGAUAAAAAUUGUUAAAUAAAAAUAAAUAUUCCGUCGCCAUCUGUUGAAAA